GUCCCUGCCGUGCUGUUCCCUCACAGCCUCCCCCACAGAGAGCCCAUCCUCUCCACAGAUGGACUUAAACUGAGAUAAGACACUCUCCACCGCCAAACUCUGUGCAUACACAAGUAUGAGAUGAACUGUUUGACUGGCAUUUGGCAAAUGGAACUCUGAAAUACGCCUCAAAAUAGGACUACAACAACCGAGCCAUGAGUAAGUCAUGUAUCCUGUAGACCUGCCAUCAGGGGGCGACAGCGAGCUAACCUCUGCAUCUAUCAAGUACCUCUCUUCCUUGGAGUCAGAGCCAGCUGAUAGUGAUUGGUUUAUUUUACCGUCAAAAUCUAAGGUCGCUAUAACAGCAUGCAAUAUAAAGCAGCUGCAGCUUUUUAAUGACAAACCAGAGUGUAUUCUGUUGACUCUUCAUAAACCUGAUGAACCCCAAAAAGUUGUAGCGUUGCAUCUGUGUGGAAAUUGGUGGCAUGUAGAUGAUGUCUUACGAACAUCCAACAAAUCUAGAAAUGGCCUGGAGGUGGUGAAGUGCACUAUAGAGAGAGUAUUAAUGCUGGUUCUCAGUCAGCUGGUGGAUAGGUCUCUUGGGGACGAGCAACUUUUCUCAAAUCAUCGCCCAACUGAGAACUGCAAGCUUUUCUGGACACAUGGAGAGGCAGUGGGCUUCUACAGCUUCAAGCACAAAGGCAGUUUGUGUGAAAACUGUAUCAGCCAAUGCUACGAGCUUCCUGUACUGGACACCAUCUUUGUGAGGAGUCACUGUAGAAGAAGGGGCUUUGGACUGCUCAUGCUCCAGGACUUCUGUGACAUGUUCCCAAAUGAAGAUGUACUGGGGGUCAGCUCUCCCCUGUCAGUCAGUAUGGUGGCAGUGUGCAAAAAGUUUCUGAUGCAACACAAAGAACACAGAGAUGUCCUUUAUGAAGUUGAGGCUCCUGGCAGCUGGAUUCAGAGACGCAACAUCUGGCUCAACAUCCAGCUUGGACGUUACUCUCAAUCUAAGAACAGCCCAUCAUCUGUGGAAGUAGAGAAGGAUGAGGGGAGCAAUCAACUCUAAAGUUGUGUGUCUGUGGGUAUGAUAGAUUUUAAUGCCACUGACAAAAUUGGAAACAAACACACAAACACAACAAGUUAAACAAAAAAUAUCUUUCUUCAAAAACUGUAGCCUACACUCAUCCAGUAACAAUGUUUUUUGUGUGUGUUUGUGUGUUGUGACAUAGAUCUGUAGGCUGUGCAAGCCUUGUGAAAACAUCCUCAAAUAGUGCAUGCAAACAGAGCACGCUGCGGACCACCCACCAAAAUAGAAGAGUCCCCAAAUACUAAAACUGCUUUGAAAUGUUCUGGACAAUUGUCAGUGGACAAAGACAGGAAAUAGAUGGGAGAAUUUUAUGUUUGUUAUUGUUUUUGUUAAUACAAAUGUAAAUACUGUAUAAAUAUAAUAUGAUUAAUAAUU